AGAGCACAUUGGGGACAGAUCGUAGAAAUUAAGAGCGCGAGUUGCGGGCCAUUUGUAGCAUUUGUCAUUGAGAGUUGUGACGGACAGGUUUACAACAAACCGGUUAGAAAGUUGAACUAUAAAGCCAGAACAUUCUCAAAUACGCCAGUCUACGGAGGCCAGUCGAAUUACUUGUUUAGAAGUUCCCUGCUUCGCUUAAGUACAUUAUAGGCACCGAAAGUCGUUUACAGGGGAAAAAGUCUCGCAAUAUUUAUUCCCUAAGAAGGAAACACCGUAUCGUAUAGAUCGUUAUAACUUUUGGAAUCACCUACAGGGAAGGCCUUUUCGGAGAUGGAGACACUUCCCACGCACCUCCUCAGCCAUCGCACGAUUUAGAUCGAAAGGAUAGGAAACAUUGGAAGGACAACAUCAAGAAACAAUUUCGGACUUUACCUUUUUUGGAAAAUACGUUUCCACGGGAUUUAGGAUGCAGCCGGUAGCACCAAAGAAGAAACCUCAUGGUUUCAGUAUCGAGUCCCUUGUCGGCAAAGACUUGGAGAAACGUGAGCGAGAAAGAGAAUUAGAACGGACAGUGAGUCGAACAAGCGUGAGUAGCCGGUCACCCUCACCGGUAACUGAGAGAGACUCCCCUGAACCCUCACACAGGGCUGGCUUCAAGCCGGUGGGACCUAACACUCUAAAAGGACUAAGACUGCCAGAAAUGGGACUCCCUGUGCCUGACGGCAUCCCUUGGAAUCCAUAUUCUACAUUAGGACUCCCAAAUUCUCCACAUAUUGCAUGCCUACCCCCAAAUGGACUUCAGGUCUCUCACAGUGCCACCCCAGGGGCCAUCCACCCCAUGUUUUUCGGGCCUCCCCAAAGAGAGCAGUUAGGACUCAGUAUACCUCAUAUUUAUCCUUGGCUGAUGUCACGGCAUCCAGGAAUUUUCGGACAAAGAUUUGCAGGUCCAGACGCCAGUAUCCUCCUCCAGCCAUUCCGCAAACCAAAGCGAAUCAGGACUGCCUUCUCUCCGUCCCAGCUCCUUCGCCUUGAACACGCCUUCGAGAAGAACCAUUACGUGGUCGGACAGGAACGGAAGGAUCUCGCCUCCAGUCUAAGUCUCACAGAAACACAGGUUAAAGUGUGGUUCCAAAACCGACGAACUAAAUACAAACGUUUGAAAGCAGAAGAAGCUGAGGGUGGAACCGGAAGUAUGGCGCCGGACAUGCGCGAUGAGAUGGAAGAGGAAGAAGAAGAAGAAAUCGACGACGACGAAAUACUCGACCCUUCAUCGCCAAAAAUGCCUAAAAGUUCACAUCAUGUCGACAGAUGGCGUGCUGAAACGAACCAGUUAUGAUUAUUUGAAAUUCGUGCUUAACUUAUUGACGUAUUUGAACGCGGGACGUGACGAAAAAUAUAUCAUGUGACAGUAAAGGAUUUCGCAUGACUUUAUGGAAACGGGCAUUCUGGCAACGGACUCACAACGUUUGGUUACUUUUUCGUCUGCCUGGAUGUGUAAAUCUAUUCAGUGGACGAUAUCUUGUUACAUCUGUUAUGAAAACAUGAACAGCAGACUCGGGGUUGGACUACAUGCACGGUAGCCGAUUAGCAAAUUUCCCUUCCGAAUAUCGUCUGCUUUUCGCCGUGUAUGAUACUGACAUUCAGGUGGUUUUGAGACCAACCGAUGUAAAUAUCAGUUCUUGGUGACAUUGUGCUAUUUGUCCCUUUCCCCAUUCAGGAACUUCGUAUUUCCGCCGGAUCAGGUAUUGGCCAAUCAGGGGAUACAUAUCAUGCUUGUUCGGCGCAGCCAAGCUUGGCAAAGAGGACUACACGGCUUCUGAUUCGUCGAGACCGGUCACAUGACACAAAGUUUUAGAUCACGUCUUCACGAUAAUGUGCUGUGAAAGCUCCUAGUGUUUUCGUAUCUGUGUGCUUUCGUCGACAAAAAGAAUGUUGUCAGAUGAUGACCUGGAUGAAAAGAAAUACAAUGCCUGCUCUCAUUUUCCCGUGCUAAUUUAUAUAUUGAAAACUGUGCAUUUUAAUAAACUAUUUCUGACAUGGCUGGAGCUGAAGAAUCAAUAUGUUACUGUAAAUAUGUAGUAAGCAUAGGAAAGGCUUACCCUUCUAUUCACAGCUUUCCAAUGUGUCAACAAAGGUGGGGCUAUAUUUUCCCCUUGGCAUGGUUUCCCUCAUUUAAGCUUACCAUUAGGGAAGAGUGUCCGACUUGAGACCGGAGGGUCGUGGGUUCGAGGCCCGGCCAGCUCCAAUUGGUACUUUUUGUGGCACAGUAUGUGUGCUCCUUGGUUUCUCAUACAGAAAGGUUUCUGUGCUGGGGUGGAGAAUAAGUGUAAAGUGCUAUGAGACAGUAUAUACUUGUACUGUGUAAAGUGCUAUGAGACAGUAUGUACUUGUACUGUGUAAAGUGCUAUGAGACAGUAUGUACUUGUACUGUGUAAAGUGCUAUGAGACAGUAUGUACUUGUACAGUGUAAAGUGCUAUAUUUCAUGAGCUGGUAGUGGUAUCAGAACGUGGACUGCGAGCAACUCGAGAAAGUGAUCCACAAAUUCAAUGAAGACUACAUGGAAAUUGUGUUCAACAACCUGAGAGAGAAAUUGAAAACAAUGUUGUUUUUGUGUGGAUAUUGGUGCUGUUUAUAUAUAAUCAUAAUUAAUUAUAAUAUGUAUGGCUAAAUAAAGUAA